AUGGUGAAGCAGAAGGCCCUGGAUGACUACGUCAAGCAGCAUGACCCUCACUACAGCUACACCCUCAAGAACAAGGAGGACAGGCCAGAUGUCACCAUCUAUACCCUCAACAUGACCUCCCUGAAGUGGCUGGAUGGUGAGAGCAGAAGAUGGCAGUUUUCCGCUUGCCCUUUUCAUUUGAGUAGGAUGAGAAAGAGCGGGAGGGAAGCCUAACGUGAUGUGGAGGCUGCUAGAUGGAUGUGAUCUGCUCUGUGGGAAGUAAGGAAACGUGAGGAGCAGCAGCUACAGGCCUAGUCUCCCUGUGGCUGGCUAGAAAAGGGAGCAUGGUCACUUCCCCAGCUUCUGGGGAAAACAUAGUUCUGAGGCAGAGAUCAAGACAUAGGUCCAAGCAGGAAAUAGAAUCUCUUUAAAGUGGUUAAUUCGCACAAAUUAUUAAGGUUGGAAUUAGAAAACUUUGUAAGGUCAAGGUCUGAUAAAAGCUGUCCAGUCUGAGAAUGUAAUGAAGAAGAAAUGAUCCACCAUCUACAGAACAACUGCAGGGCAAUUGGGAGCUAAGCUUUAAUUAAUGCAAAGGUUUAUGCUGGGUCAUUUGACUUUCUUGGGCCAGCAGCAUUCUCCUACCAAAUUUCUCCAUAUCCCAGACGCUUCCAAAAUCUGCCCACAAGGAAUUGUUCACUUCAGAGCCCAAUCCAACGUGAAAUGUUUUCACAUAUUGCUGCAUCUUGCUUGAGCAUGAGGAACAAGAUACAUGCCCCAACCUCCAGUCAUACUGACCCUUUAUUGGGGGAUUUUCCUGACUGCUUUUAUGAUGACUCUUUUUUUACUUAGUGCAUGGUUCUUUUGGUGCAGAUUCCCGUGUGAAUCAGUACAUUGUUUUUACUGUUAUCUGCAGGAGUGGCUCAACAUCCCUUUCCAUUUCCCUUCCUUCCAUGCUCCAUUUUUUGAGCUACGAUUGAUGGGGUUGAUGGGAUUUGGAAUCUAACAACAUCCCUGCCCUAAUUGAUGUCGGGGGGGGGCAUGCUGGUGACCUUCCUUUCGCUUCAUAUGUCCUAACCCUGUGUGUGUGUGUGAUUUCUCUACUAUUAGAUAAAUAUCAGUUAUGUUUCUGUGUAUCCAUUCAGAUUCUGAAGUGGAUGCAACAGUUUGGUGGCAUGAACUGACCAUUGUUGUCCCCCAAAACCCCAAAAUGACGAACUUGUGUUUGCUGAUGAUUGGGAAUGGAAGAAAUGAUGAUGUCCCUCAACCCAUGGACUUAAGGGUUGAUGAAGCCAUUAUGACAGCAAAAUCUGCCGGGUUGUAAGUAGCAGGAAGAAUCCCUGAGAAAUGAUUAUGACACCAACUCUGCUUUGUUAACACUGUUAAAGGAAUUAGUAGCCCUACUAGAAUAGAGAACUGUGAAGCAGAUGUUUAAUGGUAAUCUAUUCCAAUUCACUGUAUUCAAGAAAGUUUCUUUAUGCUUAUUUAUUGGGUUAUCUGCCUCUCAGCUCCCCAGUACAUACGUACAAAUUAUGACCAAGAUGUUUCUUGAACUCUUUGUCACGCAUACUCAGAUCAGGCAUUCAAAUCAUUUAAGAAACUGUAAUGACCAUGAUUUACUGUUAAUUAAAAUGGCAGCAAAAGAACAGGAAAUUAAUAUCAGUUUGCUCUUCUCUGAACUGCUGUAAUAGAGUGUGUGUCUUGAUUUUAGCAGAUUUUAUGACUGGCCCCAAAGCCACCCAGAGUUGUUGGCUCUGGAUGCUUUGGCAUCAUUCCCUGUCAAUCACAGAGAGUAUUUGCUUGCGUUGAUGUUAUUUUCAAAGAAGCAUGAAGCCAUUGCAGAACAGAUACUAAUGACUAAUACUUCGCUUUGUCUCUGAAGUUGCACAGCUAUUUUGAGGCAGAUCCCAAACCAGCCAAUUACCUACCACGUAAGUGCUCUUCCCACACUCUCUUUCAUACUCUUAUGUGUGUCCACAGAAUGAAUUGAUUGGGUGUAGGGAUGUUCACAUCUGACAGUUUUGAUUUCUCUCUGUUUCUCAUCCACCCACCCACUCAAUCAAAUCUAAAGUUCAGUUCUCCACAAUUACACACCCACCUACACACAAGCCUCUUUUAGGGGCUUGUGAAGUUUCAUCAGUAUUUUAGGAAAAUUUCUCCUAAUAAGCACAUUUUGUGUGUGCAGUUUCCCCUAAUGUACACAUUUUUGCAAGCACUUCCCCUAAUAUUACGCAUUUUAGAUGUUAUUUUUUCCUAAUACAUCAUUUACUUAUUAUUAGUUUCCUUCCACACACAUACCUCUAAGCGAUUUACAAUAAACCAGGUAAAAAACAAAAACAACACAAUAAGCAGGGGAUAUAUUUUAAACAUAUGCACACACCAGUCCAAAAUUGACACCCAUAGCUAAAGACCGAUUCAUCCAACGGGGAAAAGCUGUUGGAACAAAAAUGUCUCCAAUAGUUUGUAGAAAGUGCAGAUAGUGAGCUGUCCCUGCUCUGUGGAACAGAAUUCCUGCUGGGAUACAGCACACGCCCGCUCUUUGAACCUUUUACAAACAAUGGAAGACAUUUUUGUUUAGAUACACUUUUCCAGCUGGAUGAAAUAGUCUCUGCAAUAGAUGGUUUAUGUUGAAUUGUUCUCAAAUUUAUCACCAGGCUGUUCUUAUUUUGUAUGGGUUUUUAAAGCAGCUACAUGUUUGUAAAUUGCCUUGCUACAUGCAUUGAAGGAUAUACAAAAAUAAACAAAUAUGCAAAAAUAAACAAAUAGAAUAGCACGUGCACAUUUGUGUGUGCAUUAUUUUGCUGGCAUACUGCAUCGUGAAAUCUGCGUGGACAGGUGUGUUUCAUUUCACAUAUUGCUUCAGACAACACAAAUGAGGGACAUUGACGCUAAAACGCAAGCCGGUUUGAAUUUCUCCCCCAUCCCUCACUGGUAUUGUUUUCCAAAGAAAACAUUUGUAUUUCACUUUUGAUAUAUUGAUCCUCAUUCUGUCAAGCAGAAUCACUCAACCUGUAACAGAACUGAACAAACACAUUGCUAUGCUAGAGUAAUAGAUCAUGGCAGUUCUCGUUCCACCUGGUAUGAGAACUAGGAUAGGCCUAUCAUGUUGUUCUAGGGGACCAGAUGGGAGGCCUCAACCCAAAACUUUGAUCUGUUUUGCUUCUAGAAAAUCCCUAUGCAAGAAUGCAAGAAUGGCAUUGAAGAUUAUGCUGUUUUUUGUUCAUGGAGGAAGUUCAUAAUUGACAAGAUGGCACAGCCAGAUGUGCUGAUUCAGUUCCCAAUGGUCAAGGUAACUCUGGCUUCUUCCUUCUUUCUGGAUUGGUGGACAGACACUGCCAAUAUUCAGGAACAUGUUGCUGCUUGUUCCCAGCAAUGCAGCAUGGAAUCAUUCUUCAGAGGAAUCGCGGGUGGGGGUGGGAGGGAGGCUAGGAGUGGCGAGAGUCCCCUUGUGCUGCUCAGGUGACUGGGGAACAGCUGAGAGUGGUGAAAAAGGGUGCCGGACUCCAGAAUAAAGUUGAUCUUUAUUCUGAGGGCCCCCCCCCCAUUUUUCCUACUCCUUGGCUGAGCCAUGGGAAGGUAUGCUGUCGACCAUGUAAGAUUAGGCACUGGUCCAGAAGCAGUUCUGAACAGGAAAUAGGAAAAAAUGCAUGUUUCAUGGAGACUAUGCAUAUAGACUAGAGAAUCUACAUAUGCCCAGAAAAUGUGCAAAAGGAAGUCAAGAUACAUACAUUUUCAACAGUCUGUUUGGGAUUAUGCAUAAUGGUCUGAUAAUGUUCAAAAUUUAGCUGAAGAUAUGAACAUUCUGCAAAGCCUAUUAGGGAUUAUGUAUAAUUGCCAGUGAUAUACAAAAUUCACUUGAAAUAUGCACAUUUCCCUGGCCUGCUGGAAAUUAUGUAUGAUGAUCACAAAUUCUGCACAAUUCCCUCUUCGUUGAGGGAUUAUGUGCACAUUCUGCUUGAGAGCUGACGAAUGAGCACACUGUUGCAACAAACUAAACACAGAAUAUAUCAGAGGGUGAAAUUAAUUCAUUUUGUUUCUAGGAGAAGGAUUUGUAAAAAAUAUCAGUGAGGUGAUGAGUGCUAAUUCUUUCAUCAGUACACUGUGUGUACCCUCAGUAUUGCCUUUGCAGAAUAUAGGGCGCCCCUGUUAAAGCUCUGAAGACAAACCACCUUGUGAUGGCACUGUGACUAUGCCAUUCUAACAAUAGAGUAUCCUCAGAGUCUUUGCAAGUAUGUCCUUUGAAUUCCAGAGGCUGUAAUCCUUUUGUCUUGUGUUCAGGCCACUGUGCGAGCCAUGGACACCAUAACAGCGUUCUUACAGAAAGAAUCUGCUGGAAAGUUGAACAUCGCCAAGUUCAUGUUGACAGGUGGUUCCAAGGUAGGUACGAAGGUCUGUGCUGCUUUGCUUUCCAUGUAUGUAACUCAUCAGUUGCAUUAUCCUCCUUGUUUUCUUCUCGUUCCCAACCUCAUUCUUUCUUUUUGGCAGCGUGGCUGGACCAGCUGGCUUGCGGCAGCUGUGGAUGAAAGAGUUGUGUCCUUUGCUCCACUUGUAUUUGAUCUUUUGAAUAUCAUUAAGGUGAGAAUCCAGUUUCUUCACAGUAAAGUAAAGAAGAGUAGAGAACAACAAGACUGUACAAAGGGCAAUGCGCUAUGUGUGUGUAGUAAUUCUCCAUUCUACAGGAUUUCAAGUACUGUAUUUUUUGCUCUACAAGACUCACUUUUUCCCUCCUAAAAAGUAAGGGGAAAUGUGUGUGUGUCUUAUGGAGCGAAUGCAGGCUGCGCAGCUAUCCCAGAAGACAGAACAGCAAGAGGGAUUGCUGCUUUCACUGCGCAGCGAUCCCUCUUGCUGUUCUGGCUUCUGAGAUUCAGAAUAUUAAUUUUUCCCUCCUCCAAAAACUAGGUGCAUCUUGUGGUGUGGUGCGUCUUAUAGAGCGAAAAAUACAGCACUUAAGCUUUGGCACUUGCUGUAUGGAAAGUCUUAAUGUACACAGAGAACUCACUUCUGGCUGCUUUGCUUCAGAGCUGGCAUCAUCAAUACCGAGCAUACUGUGGCUGGACAUUUGCAUGGCGGCACAUACAUGAACUGAAAAUUACUCAGAAGCUGGACACUCCGCGGUUCAAGAUAUUAACUUCGCAUGUUGAUCCACUUGGUGAGCACUUCUUAUGUUCUCAGAUUUCUCUGAUAAAUGAUAUGGUAGCAGAAGAAAGGAUAGUUGUAGAAAUAGAAGGAAAGGGCAAUUUUGGUGGCGCUACAAUGCACGGAACAAGCAUGGAAGAGCAUGGUGUUAUUCAGAGGAAUAGAGAAUGGCUCGACCAAAUGAAGUCUUUCCCACUUUGGUGUAGAUCCAUUAUUUUGUCUGGGGUGGGGCAGGGUAGGUAGAGCAAGUAAGCAAUCAAGCUGGUCACUGAUUAGACACUUUUGCACGCUAUCCUUCAACAGCCUGCCUUGAGUAAGUGUUCACUCCCUUGCUGUCUUCCCCCACUCCAAACUUCCAACUCCUUUUCUUCUUCCUCUCUCAUUUCUCCACUCCCCCUUCCUCUGCCUCUCCACAUUUCUUCCUCUGUCAGCCAAUUACCGGCUUUGUUAAGCUACAACAGCCACUUAAUUAAGUGGUAUACAAAUUUUGUUAAAUAAAAAAAUUUUCUGUUGUGGCAUGUCAUUAAUUUUAUAUAAUCUGCCGACUUCAGAUUUUGCUAGACUGAUUCUGGAAAUCAAAUGAAUAUGAGAACUGCUGCAAUUUCAACACCUGUGUCCACUGGACAGAAUUCUCCCACGUCCUUACAUUCUGCCCCCUUUAGGAAUUUGUGAUCCUUACUCCAUUCUACUUAUUCUUUAUUGCUUCUGUGCAGUCUUGCUAUCCUUUUUAUGAUGACUUAUGAUAAAACAAAGUGGUAGCAACCUGAGAAACAUAUGUUGGUCAUUUCUAAAACAGUUAAUUUUCCCAUCCCCAGCAUAUAACGAACGAUACAUAAACAAACCCAAGUAUCUAAUCAUAGCAGCAGGAGAUGAAUUCUUCCCUCUCGAUGAUUCCCACCAUUUCUUCAAUGAGCUAUCAGGAGCAAAAUAUUUCCGGUGAGUUCAUGCUGCUGCUCUCAUUUUUCCUUUUACUAUCAAACAGCAGCCCAUGUUCCGCAAAACUACAACAAGCUAACUCAUUCCGAGCCAAGAAAAUCUGGAUUCUAAUUUGCAUCGGUUACAUGCAUUUAAAUGAUAAAACCUUUUCUCGCUUAAUUCUGUAAUGUGUUACUGUUGUGCAAUAAUUCUGCAUAGUCUAAUCAAGGACAAUGGCAAGGAGCUGUGCAGAAUACCAAAGCUUCACCCUUGAUAACAGGAAACUUUAGUAGCUCCUGUGGCUUUUGAGACUUUACCAGGCACACCCCACACACUCCCAAGCAUAGGACAGGAUUCAGCUAACAAACACAACCAAUGGAAGCCCACACAAGGACUUCCACUGGCACAACAAGGUUUCCCCCCAUUUCUGCACCCCCUUCCAGUUGGCUGGGGGGUUCAGGAGAACUCCUGGAACACAGGAGAGGAGAUAAACAAACUUUCUUUUUUGGAGGAAGGGCAGAAGUGACCCAGGUUGUUAGGCAGUCAGUGGAUGGUGUUAUUAACCCACCUUUGUAAUUAGAAUGAUAAACAUGCAACCAGUGAACAAAAUGCUAGUUCAGCCAUCACUCCAAUCAACACUGCAAUGUUUCUGAUGAGUGUCUGCCACUUAUUAUUAUUAUUAUUAUUCACUGUGUUUCCAUAUCCCUCUGUCAAUUUGCUUGCCAUCUUACUAAUUAAGAAGGAUUAAAAAAAGAAGAAGCCUGCAAAGCAGUUCUGCCCUCUGAUGAGUUGAAACUCGAUGACAUAAAGGACACCAACCAAUGGGUUUUGCACAAAGGCAGCUUUUGCUGUGUGGUUCAAAUUAAUCUAUUCUUUCAAAUUAAUACAUUCAAAUUAAUCUAUACUUAAAAAUGUUUACAAUUGUCUUUACCCUCAGUAAUUCCUGGCUUCAUUUUUUUGAAUCUCUCAAAGAACUCUGAAAGAAAAGCCGCCCAGAGUGGGCGGGGUAUUAUUAUUAUUAUUAGGUUGUUGUUAUUAUUAUUAUUAUUGUUAUUAUUAUUAUUAUUAUUAUUAUUAGACUUACCCUUGCAAAAGCCAUGCUAGUUUUACUUCAAUAAGUCUUGCUCUUUUAUAUGCUAAUUCUAUUUUUAAUAAGGGUUUUCACCUAAUUUCACCUAUUAACUGGCCUGUUACUUCCUAGAUCCCCUCUUGAUUGCAUUUUAAAAGUUGGUGUUACUUGGGCCCAUUUGCAUUCCUCAGACAUGGAGACAGGUCUUCGGAACCAGUUAAAUAUUUCUGUUAGAAGAACAGCAAUUUCACAUUUGAGUUCUUUAAGAACUUUUUGGUGGGUAAAAUCUGGUGAUUUUCUGUUUUAAAUUUGUCAGUAGAGCCUAGAACUUGGCUACAGAUCCCUGCUGCAAAAUUCAUAGAGGGUUUGAAUUAGAAUAUCCCCCCCCCCGCCUGCAUAUUUUUCUAUAUAUGUAUAUUCCAAAGAAGAAAAACUCAGAAAGAGUCAAAUUUCUGUGAUUAGAGGAAAUAUGUAAUUGCUUUGUCUAUUGCAAGGGAGCUAUUAUUUCAAAAACCUCUCUGUUGCCCUGCAGGGCCACCCCAAACAAUGAUCACUUGAUGACACGGGACCCAUCGAUUAAAAUAUCGAUUGCAAUGUCGGUUAUAAGCUUUUUUCUUAACACCAUUUUGAAUCUGAAAAUGCCCCAAAUUUCCUGGAAGAGAACUGAGGUGAGGAAAACUCAUGUUGCAACAUAACUAAUUCAGUCAUGAGACUUGUUUUAUUAUUUGCUUCAAGCCAUGGGUACACAUAGCCUUUUAAUUGAUGAAAAUCAUAGUUUAUCAAGGACACUCUGUUAAACUCAAGCUUACUAGGAAAUUAUUGGAUUAUUGGAAACAGGAAGCCUUGGCCAAUGUUCCAAUAAAUGACAGGAACAUUAUGACAUUUGGCCAUUUUCUGAGGGCACUUGGUUGGUUUUGAGCUUUACUGGUACAUAUUAGAAUAUUAUGACAUUUCCUUCUGGCCUUUUAAUGUUACAUUCAGAUACAGUAAAUAUUUAAAUAGGCUCUAUUAGUGUAUGUAUAUGAAUGUGCCCCUAGAGGCAAAGCACAAAGAAAGGUUCUUAAUUUCAGUGAAACUGAAAGGUUCUUAAUUUCAAUGAAAGCUGUAGGUUGAUUUCACACAGACUGUUUCCUGACACAUGUUUCUAUACUAGCCAGCUAAUUAGGUGGCUGCUGUUGAAAUGAGAUCUUUGGGAUCUACGUAGAAAGAACCAUUGCACAGUGGUAUUUGCUUUGCAUGCUGAACGUCUUUGGUUUGAUCCCUGAUGUUUCCACAUAGGCCUGGGAGAGAAACCUGCUUGUAAUCACCCUAGACAGCUGUUGCCAAUCAGUGUAGACAAAACUGAGGUAGAUGGACCCAAUGGUCUGACUCUGUAUAAGACAGCUUCCUAUAGAAAACUUUCAUGUCGCUGAUAGAAGAAAUGGAUGAUAGCUUGAGGAACACUUGAUAUUUCUGUCCUAUUUUCUCUUUUUCUAGACAAAAGCUGCAGGCAUUAUCGAGCUCUACACAGAUAUGGAGCCUUCAGCAGUUAAAUGUUUCUUUUCUAACACUUUGGGCUCUGAAAGGUAGGAUUUAUUGUGUAUGAUUUAUUAAUACAAAUAUGCAGAGUUCAUAUAAAUAUACAAAGAAUGGGACAAUCUGUUAAUCUUAGUUGUCUCUUUCUUAAAUUCAGUUCUCCACAUUUCUGCUGCAAUUUGCAAAUUACUGUUUUUUUAAAAAAAAUCCUCAUGAAAAAUUGCCAGCAUUUUUGUGUGCUUUUCUCUUAAUCUCCACAUUUCUGUAUGUCGUUUUGUCAAAUAUACAUAUUUUUGCUAACAACUCCCCCUAGUGCUUUUUUGUUCUUUAUUUUCACUAGCCUAUGCCUUUAUAUGCACACUUCACCCUAGCAUUUCUGUGCACAUUACUGGGCUUGAGAGCUGCAUUGCAAACUUCAAAGACAUGUGAAUUUUGAAGGAUGUCUGUGUUUUGGUUUCCACUUUAUUUUUGAAAGUGUGACAAUGGAGGUUCGCUUUUAAAUCUCUACAAAGAAGCCAUUGGGGUGUUCCCUUCCCUAAAGUGUGCAGUAUUUUCUCUCUAGCAAAAAAGAAAAGAAAGCAUUCUGAUUGCUCUUUGUGAACAGCUCCACAAAACAUUAUAGUUUUUAUACUUUUAUAUGUUUUCAAACCUACAAACAAGAUUCAUAAGGGAACUCUGUGGGUGGACUACUGAAUAUGCUCUAGAACUUUUUGAAUCGGGUUGAUAAUUUUGAAGAACCAUCAGAAUGGCUGAGUCAUCUGAGUAGUAGACAAAGAGUAUUUUUGAUUUCCUUAUACAUAACGAUCCCUUUUGCUUCAAUAAGUGAACUAUUGCCUUGGCAGUGGUACUUGUCUCCAAAAAGUAGCUUCCUCAGCACUCACUGUGCCUCCUCCUUCCCUUCUCAUUCUCAGGCGAGACUUCAGGCUGUUGGUGGGUCCUGGUCCUUCAGGUGUUUCACAACCCAUAUCUUGGCUUCCCUGCAAGGUUGAGAAAGUGGUAAGAGGAUUUGGGAUUGGGGGUUUCUCUAAGCUUCGUAACACAGCUGAGUGA